AUGGCAUCGAAGAAAAUAAACCCAAUGAGAGAGAUAAGCAUUAAGAAACUUUCCAUCCACAUUUGUGCACGGGAAAGCGGAGCGAAGCUUGACAGGGCAGCAAAGGUUCUCGAGCAGUUGACUGGACAGAAGCCCGUGGCCUCGAAGGCAAGAAUGACCAUCAGGAACUUCGGAAUUAGGAGAAACGAGAAGAUUGCUGUCCAUGUCAAUGUAUCUGGGAAGAAGGCUUACGAGCUUCUCAACACAGCAUUGAAGGUCAAGGAAUACGAACUUAAGGAGAGUUGCUUCAGCAAUAACGGAUGCUUUGGAUUUGGAAUUGAAGAGCACAUUGACCUUGGUCUGAAGUAUGAUCCAAACAUCGGAAUCUUCGGAAUGGACUUCUUUGUAGUUCUUUCAAGACCAGGAGAUAGGGUAUCGAAAAGGAGAAGAUGCAGAUCAAAGGUUGGAAAUAAGCAGAGGGUCUAUGCAGAAGAUGCCAAGAAGUGGUUUGUUGAGAACUUCGAGGGCAUUCUAGUUGAAUAA